AAUCAUCAAAUAAGAAUUGACGCGUAAACAAACCACGGCUAGCUACAAAUAAUGUGAUAGCCAUCUUCUUGGCGUUUACUUUUCUGUCAACGUAGGGAUGUUGGUAUUUUGCAUUAUCAAGUAGCUAAGCAAGCAUCACGAUUCGAGUCACGAUUCCUAGACAAGUAAGUAGCUUGCUAUUUGGCUGCUGGUACGUAAAUCUCAUAAAUACUGAAUCACAUUUGAAAUGCUGGUGUUUGACAGUCAGGGCCCACAGUAGGUUUGUUGAUGUCAUGGUCGUUUUAACGUUAGUUAGAUCUAAUUUACCGACUAACAUGAAUCGUUUUUUUUAUUUCACUCUAGGAAGAUGAUAUCCCAGCUGUUCAUCUUGUCCUCCAAAGGAGAUCACCUCAUCUACAAAGACUGUAUCCUACAUCAUAAUAUCUUACCGUUCCCUCUUACACAUAGCCUUAAUCUUCAGGCAUUUAUCCCAGUGAGUUGUCAGUGGAAAUGCUGUGAAUAAUGAAUGCCCUUAACCCUGAGUUGUCAGUCCGCUGUGAAGCUGGAAGCGAUGCUGUCAACAAAUUCUAUGAGAUGGUCACUGCAUUGACUGGUGACCAGCCUCCAGUGGUCAUGGUAAGUUGAAGGGUUUGGCAAAUAGGCAUGGUGUGGGUUUUGAUCAGCCCUCUGUUACAGUAUAAUCGUAGUUUCAAACAGUAAUGUGAUUUCCCUCCAUGGUUGCCCACAGAAACACAAGGAGCUGCAUUUUGUUCACAUCAAACAGGGAGGGCUCUAUUGGGUUGCCACGACGAAAGCUGAUGCCUCGCCCUUCACCAUCAUUGAGUUCCUAAAUAGGUAAUUGUGUCUGUAAUGAAUGAAUUCUAAAUGUAGCAUUCUGUGUGUAUUUAAUAUCUCAUUUGGUGUGCAUCAGUCUCUCCACAACAACCUGAUUUACAGGAGUGUGUGUGUGUGUGUGUGCGUGUGUGUGUGUGUGUGUGUGUGUGUGUGUGUGUGUGUGUGUGUGUGUGUGUACUGAUGUUUUGCUUACUGUGUCACAGAUUAACAGCCCUGGUUAAGGAUUACUGUGGUUGUCUGUCAGAGAAGUCUGUCCGGAUGAACUUUGCUCUCAUUUAUGAGCUGUUGGAUGAGGUAGUGGUGAGUAUCCCCUCUCUCCUCUUGCAUCCAUCUUUAGGCCAUUUUGAAGGCCCUAUCUUUGGUCCUGGUUAUCUGUGCCUAUCUCCGUUCCUCCUUAUUCCCACUGUCAUCUAUUUCCCUCCCUCUCUCUCGUCCCUCCUUUCUCUCACUUUAUCCCCAUCAGGACUUUGGUUACAUCCAGACGACCUCUACUGAUAUCCUGAAGAACUUCAUCCAGACUGAGGCGGUCAGCUCCAAACCCUUCAGCCUGUUUGACCUCAGUAACGUGGGGCUGGUAAGACACCAAUGCUUGGUCACAAUCACACUGACUCUUGGGGCUGCCCUGAAAAUAAGUGCACUGGAUCCCAUUUGCUAACAUGUCCAGGUUAUCAGCUUUUUAACAUUAACAUGUUGAGCCCUACUUACUCAGCUCUUUUAUUCCACUUUCUUUUCCUUCCUGGUCAGUUUGGAGCAGACACCCAGCAGAAUAAAGUGGCCCCCAGUGCAGCUGCCACACGGCCCAUCAUGUCCAGUCAAGGAGAACAGGUAAAGAAUGUGUCUACUGCUGGAUGUUAUGGGAUAACCCUAAGUGCUAGUGUGUUGAUCGAUGAAGAUGUAAAGGUAUGUAUACAUUCUUUGAAUAUGUAUGUAUGUAUUCAACACCCUGUUUUUUUCCCUUCUGUCUUCAGGGAGGCAAAAACGAGAUAUUUGUAGAUGUGAUUGAAAGGAUGUCUGUAGUCAUUGGUGCCAAUGUAAGUAUCACAGUAUCACUGAUUACAUGGUGGAACCAUGCAUAUGAUCAGUAUCUCUUCCUUAAAGGGCAACUCUGUCUACAUGUGAAAACGGUGCAUUUCUAUGAUCUGUAGUUAAGAAGAAUGGUCCUAAAAAAAUGCUUCUCUGUAGCCAUCCAAUUGGCGACAGAUUUUCAUGUGAAUAUUCUAAAAUCUGCUUAAAGAAAUACGCGCAUUUUCCCACGAGUGGUGUGUGUCCACCAAACGGACUUGCGGAUAAAAGUCACUGCGUGAUGACGUAGUGCACACAAAAUUAACUUUUUUGCUUAAGUUUUCAUGUACCGAAUAAAAAUCUAACUAUAGUUUUGUCACAAAAACUGUUGCGUUCAAUAGCAAAUGUGCCUACUCUGGUCUUGGCACGUGCGCUCUAGACAACAUCUUGCAGAUACAGUGUGGGUAGGCUAGUCUACAUGAUGAGAUUAUUAUGAAUGAGUGAGAAUAUUUGUAUUUGUCAAGCAUUGAUUAUGUCACCAGAAUAAGACCCUCAAUAUUUAUUGGAAAGGAGCAUCAAGAUCACCGUGCACUUUCACCACCCUGUGAAGUUCAUCAUAAAUUAUUUAAUUUAUAGCCUAAUAAACUGCAUGGUUUCCCAAGUCGUAGUGGGAGGACCACACACCAUAUAUCAUUGCUUGACUCCAAGUUUACUUCGAUAUUAUGGUUAUUAUAUCAAUAUUUGCAUAUAAAGGCGUUUCCACCACCAUUUCUCGCAAAAAAACGGAAAAUAACGAACAAAUUAUCUGUCGGCAUUUAUAGAAUUGUACUGAAACUUCCUGUUUCCAUCACAGCUGACAUUCUUUUAUUUUUGAUGCGAUAUGACUUUACUCGCAUAAAAACUGUGGAUGGAAACGUGGUUAGUGACAUCACAGGGUAAGAUUAAAAGUUUUAAAAUAUUGUGAUUUUCAAAACCUGCAAUGAGUUUCUAGCCAGAGGGAGGAUAUUUUCUUGCUCCCCAAGUCACCGCGAAUCUCACUGUUUUUAAAAUGUUUUAACUUCUGAUUAGGUCAUCGGGUAGAACUUUAACGUUAUAUAUUUUUCUACAAAACGUAUAAAUGCGCCGUUUUCACAUACAGUGGGGAGAAGAACUAUUUGAUACACUGCCGAUUUUGCAGGUUUUCCUACUUACAAAGCAUGUAGAGGUCUGUAAUUUCUAUCAUAGGUACACUUCAACUGUGAGAGACGGAAUCUAAAACAAAAAUCCAGAAAAUCACGUUGUAUUAUUUUUAAGUAAUUAAUUUGCAUUUUAUUGCAUGACAUAAGUAUUUGAUACAUCAGAAAAGCAGAACUUAAUAUUUGGUACAGAAUCCUUUGUUUGCAAUUACAGAGAUCAUACGUUUCCUGUAGGUCUUGACCAGGUUUGCACACACUGCAGCAGGGAUUUUGGCCCACUCCUCCAUACAGACCUUCUCCAGAUCCUUCAGGUUUCGGGGCUGUCGCUGGGCAAUACGGACUUUCAGCUCCCUCCAAAGAUUUUCUAUUGGGUUCAGGUCUGGAGACUGGCUAGGCCAUUCGAGGACCUUGAGAUGCUUCUUACGGAGCCACUUCUUAGUUGCCCUGGCUGUGUGUUUCGGGUUGUUGUCAUGCUGGAAGACCCAGCCACGACCCAUCUUCAAUGCUCUUACUGAGGGAAGGAGGUUGUUGGCCAAGAUCUCGCGAUACAUGGCCCCAUCCAUCCUCCCCUCAAUACGGUGCAGUCGUCCUGUCCCCUUUGCAGAAAAGCAUCCCCAAAUAAUGAUGUUUCCACCUCCAUGCUUCACGGUUGGGAUGGUGUUCUUGGGGUUGUACUCAUCCUUCUUCUUCCUUUUCAUCCAUGAAGGCGUAGUGUGUUACUAAUGGUUUUCUUUGAGACUGUGGUCCCAGCUCUCUUCAGGUCAUUGACCAGGUCCUGCCGUGUAGUUCUGGGCUGAUCCCUCACCUUGUGCAGGUCUACAAUUUCAUCCCUGAUGUCCUUACACAGCUCUCUGGUCUUGGCCAUUGUGUUUGAUUGAGUGUGUGGACAGGUGUCUUUUAUACAGGUAACAAGUUCAAACAGGUGCAGUUAAUACAGGUAAUGAGUGGAGAACAGGAGGGAUUCUUAAAGAAAAACUAACAGGUCUGUGAGAGCCGGAAUUCUUACUGGUUGGUAGGUGAUCAAAUACUUAUGUAAUGCAAUAAAAUGCAUAUUAAUUACUUAAAAAUCAUACAAUGUGAUUUUCUGGAUUCCGUCUCUCACAGUUGAAGUGUACCUAUGAUAAAAAUUACAGACCUCUACAUGCUUUGUAAGUAGGAAAACCUGCUAAAUCGGCAGUGUAUCAAAUACUUGUUCUCCCCACUGUAUGUAGACACUGGCUUGGUGCUGGAGAUCAUGAAUAUGAGCUUGAAAAGUGGUGGAGUUGCCCUUUAACCUAUACUUCCUUUCUGGCCUUUCCAUUUCUCUCUCUCUCUCUCCCUCAAAGCAUUUACAUUUGAUACUUAUGUUUUAAACUGUACCACACCAGAAAAAUCAUUUAGGGUUUUAUAUUUUUAUAAGUAUAUAUAAGGAUGUUAUAUUGCUGAAUGAUCAUAAACUGAAUAAAUUCCCUCACUGUUCUCCAGGGUGUUCUGAUGAAGGCAGACAUUGAGGGAGAGAUCAGAGUGAAGUGUUACAUGCCAAGCUGCUCAGGUGAGCUUUCGUGUUUCAAGUCUUCAUUUUGAAUGAUAAGCUGCAAGAGGAGGCACAGUAAAUAGAGGGCAAGUACAAGCCCAAAUUCCUCCAUGCCAAAUUCUCCUCACUUUCUCUCCCUUUCCCCCUCUACUCUGUUCCUCACCCUGUCCAUAGAGAUGCGGAUUGGACUGAAUGAAGAGUUCAGCAUAGGAAAGUCCCAGCUGAGUGGUUGGUACCCUCCCUUUGCAAAUACUACAUUAUUCACUGGCUAGAUCAGUCAAUUUGAUAAGAUCGGCAGAGUCACUGUGCUGACUGAAUGGGUGACCUGAAUGAUUACUACACUUCCUGUAAAAUCCUGCACUAGAUGAAUAUGAGGCCAUUGUAUUAAAACAUGAUUCCCUGCCACAGCAUUGAUUGUCAUAAUGGAUGUUAUUGACCUUUAGUUGUACUCUUAUCCUUGUUGUGGAAGAGCACAGUCACUAUGGGCUGAAUUAAGUAAGCAUUUCACUGUAAUGUCUGCACCUGUUGUAUUCAGCGCAUGUGGCCAAUAAAAUUUGAUUUGAUUUGAAUUCCCAUAGAUUCAGAUUUGCGCACAUUCUCGUUCAGCUCUCUCAUUGACAUCAAGGCAUUACACAAAAGUCUGUUAUCUGCUUUUAUUCAAAUUAGGAUUCUACCCUAUAUUCCUAACAUAAUUUCCCUUUCCCCACCCUCUCUCCUCUCAGGCUAUGGGGCAGCUGUUCAUGUGGAUGAGUGCAGCUUCCACCAGGCUGUCAGGCUGGAUGAGUUUGACACCUACAGAAUCCUGAAAGUGUGUCCCAGCCAAGGAGAGGUGCUCAUGGAAUUUACUGAAUCACAUGCACACACAAACACUACAACAAUACUUGUAUCUCACUGUUACAUAAACAAAUGUAUUCUCUCUGACAGUUUCUCACAAACUUUUUCGUUCUCUAGCAAACAGUGAUGCAAUACCAGUUGUGUGAUGACCUGCCCACAGCCCCUCCAUUCCGUCUUUUCCCUUCUAUAGAGAGGGACAGUGGUGGCAGGUACAGAACACUGUUCAUUCAUUUUGGGUAGAGAACCCUUUACCAGAACCAUCUCAAAAUAUGUAGAACACACAGAUUUCACUUACUCAUUAUGACGACAGUAAUUUUAUCUUCCCCAUUUUACUAACUUGAGUGUUGGGAAAUCAAGUCUUUAAACAUCCCAAUCACCACCCUCAACACACACUUGCUCUUUCCCCGUAGGUUGUUGAUGUACCUGAAGCUGCGGUGUGACCUGCCCCCAAAGAGGUCAGUUCUCCAUUAACAGGAAAUGCUGAUUUGCUGAUAUGCAUUUUCUGUAUGUUGAAAAUGUAGAUAUGUGGUAGUCAUUGAACACUUGAUCAUUUUUUAUGAUGCACAUUAUAAUAGUUUAAUAACAUAUGAUAAUGUAGUCUGUCAGUGUGUUUGUCCUUUCCUUCUCUGACUGGGCUGCAAUGUAGGUCCCUCUGUCACUGAAGCAAUCUCUUUUCUCUUACAGCGCUGCUAUUAAUGUUUCUAUAACAAUACCGGUACCCAAGGGCUCGCUUCGGUGAGGAGAAACUCCUUUCUCUAUCUCAUGUUCCCUCCAUCUUUUGCUUUGUCUCUCACUAUGUGUAACCCUCCCCCAGUACAUAACAAGCUCCCCCUCCUCUCUCUCUUCUCACCCUCUUUGUUCUCCAGUCUCUCUCAGGAGUUGAGCAGCCCGGACCAGAGUGCUGAGCUGCAGCCAAAAAACAAGGCUGUCCAUUGGGAGAUCCCUCGCUUCCCUGGGGGCGCCCAGCUCUCCGCCCUGUUCAAGGUGACUAAACAUAAUCAGCACAACAAUGGGAAUCAUGGAAGUAGCAGAUACUGGUAGUAUGAGGGUAUAAUAGAUCAGUUUCAAUGAUUAUGAUGUCAGGAAAUCAGGAACUUCUUAUCAAUCAGGAAGAAUCACAUCUCUGCACACUUGUUUGCUGUAGAUCAGAUCGUUAGGUGUCGAUCAGCUUCUCAAAAUCCCAUGAGCCAUUUGCAGUUCGCAUAGAGCAAUGAGGCAUAUGCAGACAGCAUCGAAUGGUUAACAUACGUUAGUGGAAACUUUGCAAGUGCAUUAUAUUACCCUAAUAGUAGAUGGGUAAUAGAUAGACAACUUUGUAUAUGAUUGACCAACAUGCUGACCACUUCCUCUCUCUCUCUGUACAUUCAGCUGGAGGUCCCUGGCCUUAGCGCUGCCUCGUUACAGGAAGUGGGACCAGUCAGUCUGAGCUUUGAGCUGCCGAAGUACACCUGCACAGGACUGCAAAUUAGAUUCCUCCGCCUGUCCCCGAUACAGCCUGGACCGUCGCAACGCUGGGUCCGCUACGUGACCCAUUCAGACUCGUAUACCAUCCGUAUCUGAUACAGACAUACAGUACACACAUGCACACACACACACA